AUGUCAGUAGAAGCCGAAGGAUUUCAAGCAUCACCAUUAUUAAAAGAAUUAGCUGAUGGUUUACAAGAUAAAUCUGCUGCUGAAAAAGCAAUUAAAGCUGUUAAUGCCAUUAUAAUUAUAACUUUAAAAAAUAAAGAAGGUAAAGAUGAAUCUUGGGUAUUAGAUUUAAAAAAAGAUGGUACUAUUAAAAAAGCUGAUGGUCCACCACCAAAAGGUGAUGUUCAAUUAUUAUUAAAAGAUGUUGAUUUUGUUAAAUUAGCUAAUGGUAAAGCUAAUGGUCAAAAAUUAUUUAUGAAUGGUAAAUUAAAAGUUAAAGGUAAUAUGAUGAAAGCAACUGCUAUUGAAUCAGUUUUUAAACAAUUAGAUCCAAGACCAAAAUUAUAA